AUGACUUCCAUCAUUGUUCCUUCCCUUGGGAAGAAGGAAGCGGUUUUUUUGGAUGUUCUUUGUCCGCUUCACAACAUGCCCUCCUGCAAGAUCUUCGGGUCAACCAGGAGAGGAAACAAAAACCUGUCCCAAAGGGAACUGUACCACACACGAGAGACUCGGCCUCACGCUCAUGCGACGGUAUCAGGUUGUGUGGGUUUGUUUGGUUCCGUGGGCUUGAUGGAUAUGUUCAUCUGUCGUCGUCUGCUCCCAGCAUUCCUCAACUCCUGUUUGCACCUGUACAUGAUGCUCGUCCCCUUACGUCUCCAAACGAUCGCAAUUGUUCUGGUCGGAGAAACGUACGGUUUCUAUCCUUCGAACGCUUUAACUCAUCAGCCCAUUUCAAGUCGGCAUGGGGCCGAUGUUCUUGGCCGGCUCUAA